CCACAUGCAUUACCACUUCCACCAAAGCCCAAACCCAAACCCACACACCACCCUCUUUCUCUCUGAUUAAUCUUUCUUUCAUAACCGAUCAGAUGGGAAGUUCGGUGCGAGUGAAAGAAGCUGUGGUGGUGACACCUUCUGAGCCCACUCCAAGUGGUGUUCUCCCGCUCUCAGCACUUGACUCACAACUCUUUCUUCGCUUCACCAUAGAGUAUCUCUUAGUAUACAGGCCCGCCCCGGGCCUCGACCAAAUUGCCACCGCGUCUCGUUUCAAAGCUGCAUUAGCCAAAGCUCUUGUUCCCUAUUACCCAUUUGCAGGAAGGGUUCGGGCCAGGCCUGAUGGCCCGGGCCUCGAGGUAGUGUGUCGAGCCCAGGGGGCGAUCUUUAUAGAAGCCUUUUCCGAACGUUACACUGUCAACGAUUUCCAAAAAGCUCCUAAAACAGUGACUCAAUGGAGAAAACUAUUGUCUCUCUACGUCACCGACGUUCUCAAAGGAUCGCCGCCGCUCGUUCUACAGCUGACGUGGCUGGCCGACGGCGCCGCCGCCGUCGGCAUCGGAAUUAACCAUUGCAUCUGCGACGGCAUCGGGAGCGCUGAGUUUCUCAAUUAUUUCUCCGAUUUAGCCUCCGGGAAACGCGCCGGCGGCAAUCCGACACCGGUUUGGGAUCGCCACCUUCUCAACCCGCCGCCGGCCACGACGAAUCGGGCAAACCCGGCGAUUCACCCCGAGUUCAACCGGGUCCCUGAUCUGUGCGGGUUCAUGAACCGGGUCACGAGUGGGCUCAAACCUAUUUGCAUUGUGUUCGACGAGAGAAGGAUCAACGCGCUAAAGACGGUGGCGCGGCGCACGUGUAAAUUGGGUGAGUCGUCGUACACGUCGUUUGAGGUGCUGGCAGCGCAUGUGUGGAGGAGCUGGGCGAGAGCAUUGGGGUUUCCGGCGAACCAAACGCUGAAGCUUUUGUUCAGUGUGAAUGUGAGGAACCGGGUUAAACCGGGUUUACCGGAGGGGUAUUAUGGGAACGCGUUUGUUUUGGGGUGCGCACAGAGCAGCGCGAGGGAACUGGGAGAGAGAGGGGUCGGGUUCGGGUCGGGUCUGGUGAAGAGGGCGAAGGAGAGGGUGGAUAGCGAGCACGUGAGGAGGGUGGCUGAGUUGGUGUCCGAGUCGAGAGCGAGUCCUGACUCGGUGGGUGUUCUGAUAUUGUCGCAGUGGUCGAGACUGGGUCUUGAGAGGGUUGAACUCGGAAUGGGGAAGCCGUUGCAUGUGGGUCCCAUUUGCUGCGAUCGCUAUUGUUUGUUUUUGCCGGUCACCGGUGAAUGGGAGAGUGUUAAGGUCACGGUGGCCGUCCCCACCUCCGCCGUUGAUAGUUUUCACCGUUUCCUCGGUGAAUCGAAUUUAUGAGCCAACCUUUGUUUUUUCCUGCCACGUUGACUUG